AUGGCCGCCUUGAAGGAGAAGAGGUCUUGUGGGCAACGAUGUGAAGACUUUGGCCAUUUUGUCUGGAACUCCGACAAUGGGACGCUAUUUGGGAGAACACUAGAGAAAUGGGUGUACAUCAGUCUGUAUUAUGUGGCCUUCUACGUGGUGAUGACGGGCCUCUUUUCUUUGGCCAUCUGGACGCUCAUGUACACUUUGGAUCCGUACGCCCCCGACUACCAAGACCGGUUAAAAUCUCCGGGGGUCAUGGUGUGGCCGAACACUUACGGGGAGGAAAUUGUUGAAAUCAACUACAACACAUCAGACAAAGCCAGCUGGAUGAAGAUGACCAACAUCCUUAAUGAGUUCCUGAAGCCCUACAAUGACACCAAGCAGCUUGAAUGUAACAACUAUAACUGCACAAAGGGAAAGUUCUUCUACCAGAAGACCUUCACAGCCCCUAACCACACCAAGUGGGCAUGCCCUUUCACGCAAAGCAUGCUGGGAGCCUGUUCAGGAUUUGAAGACCCAACCUUUGGCUACAACUGCACCAUGCCUUGUGUCAUCAUUAAGAUGAACAGGAUCAUCAGCUUUUUGCCCUCUAAUCACACUGGGCCUCCCCCUUAUGUCAACUGCACUGUACUGGAUGGACAAGAAAAUGUGGACAACAUUGAGUACUUCCCUGAAAUGGGAAUCAUGGAUCGCUCUUACUUCCCUUACUACGGAAGACUGGCACAGCCUACUUACGUCAACCCGCUGGUGGCUGUUCGGUUCCACCUGGUUAAAGAGAAGAAAGCCAAGAUCCAGUGCAGAGUGGUCUCCAAAAAGAUCAGCUAUGAAAACUUCCACGACCCCUACGAGGGAAAGGUCAUCUUCCAACUCAAAGCCAUGAAAUAA